GUGAGCUCUGGCCUUUUAGUGAUGAUAGGGUUAAAAAUAGUUACUGUAUUUCAAAGAAAUUACUACAUUCUGACUGGACAACCAGAGACUUUUCCGUUAGAAGAUGGAAACGUCCACUCCAGCUCACACCGGUCCUAUUCAGACCAACAUGACAACUCAGACAGGAGGAACCGUCUGUGCUCCUGUUCUCCAUGGAAACAAUAUUCAAGGCUCAGUGAAUGUAACCAUUAUUCAGGGAGGCCAGGAAGGUUCCAGUUCUAGCACCAGUACAGUUCAGGCUGGAGGUUCUCCUGGUGCUCCUGCCCUCACCGAAGAUUUGGUCACUGUGUACAAACAAAAACUGGAAAAAAAAUUUCACAGAAUUUAUGAAGGAAUCUUCCAGCAUGGAACAUCAGUCCUUCUGAAUGAGAUCUACACAGAACUCUACAUCACAGAGGGAGGGAGUGGAGAGAUCAAUAAAGAACAUGAGGUCAGACAGAUUGAGACAGCAUCCAGGAAACUAGCAACACAGGACAAACCCAUCAAAUGCAAUGACCUCUUUAAAGAUAAACCCAUCAGAACUGUGCUGACUAAAGGAGUUGCUGGAAUUGGAAAAACAGUCUCUGUGCAGAAGUUCAUUCUGGACUGGGCUGAAGGAAAAGCUAAUCAGGACGUCCUCUUCAUAUUUCCACUUCCUUUUAGGGAGCUGAAUCUGAUAAAGAAAGAUUUCAGUCUGAUGGAGCUUCUUCAUCGCAUUUUCCCAAAUACAAAACAACUAAGAUCAAUAGACUGUGAUGCUUACAGAGUCAUAUUCAUCUUUGAUGGUCUGGAUGAGUGUCGACUUCCUCUAGAUUUCCAGAACAAUGAGAGCUUGUGGGAUGUAACAGAUUCAGCCUCAGUGGAUGUGCUGCUGACAAACCUCAUCAAGGGGAACCUGCUUCCCUCUGCUCUCCUCUGGAUAACUACUCGACCAGCAGCAGCCAAUCAGAUUCUUCCUGAGUGUGUUGACCUGGUAACAGAGGUACGAGGUUUCAGUGACCCUCAGAAAGAGGAGUACUUCAGGAAGAGAAUCAGUGACCAGAGCCUGGCCAAUAAAAUCAUCUCACACAUGAAAUCCUCAAGAAGCCUCUACAUCAUGUGCCACAUCCCAGUCUUCUGUUGGAUUGCAGCCACUGUUCUAGAGAAAAUGUUGGGUGGAGCAGAGAGUGGAGAGAUCCCCAAGACUCUGACUCAAAUGUUCACCCACUUCCUGAUCUUUCAGAUCAAACACAAGAUUAAAAAGUACCAUGGGAAAUGUGACACUGAUCCUCAGCAGACAAGAGAGAUGAUUCUGGCACUGGGAAAACUGGCUUUCCAACAGCUGGAAAAAGGCAAUCUGAUCUUCUAUGAGGAAGACCUGAGAGAGUGUGACAUUGAUGUCAGAGAAGUGUCAGUGUACUCAGGAGUUUGUACCCAGAUCUUCAGAGAGGAGUUUGGGCUGCACCUGGGGAAGGUGUUCAGCUUUGUGCACCUGAGUGUUCAGGAGUUUCUGGCUGCUUUAUACACAUUUCUCUCCUUCAUCAGCAGAGAUGAAACAAAACAGCUGACUACUGAUCUCUCUGGUAUUUCCAGAGAAUUCAAAAUGUCAGACCUCCUCAAGGGUGUAGUGGACAAAGCCUUACAGAGUGAGAAUGGACACCUGGACCUUUUCCUCCGCUUCCUACUGGGCCUCUCGCUGGAAUCCAAUCAAACUCUCUUACGAGGCCUACUGACACAGACAGGAUGCAGCUCUUGCAGCAAAGAGGAAACAGUCCAGUACAUCAAGGAGAAGAUCAGGGAGAAUCCCUCUCCAGAGAAAUCCAUCAAUCUGUUCCACUGUCUGAAUGAACUGAAUGAUCGUUCUCUAGUGGAGGAAGUUCAGACAUACCUGAGGAGAAAAGUUUACUUUAGUCUCCGUGGAGUCAGUCUCUCUCCCACCCAGUGGUCAGCUCUGGUGUUUGUGUUGCUACACUCAGAAGAGGAGCUGGAUGUGUUUAACCUGAGUAAAUAUGAAGAAUCAGAGGAAAGUGUUUUGAGACUGUUGCCAGUGAUCAAAGCCUCCAGAAGAGCUCUGCUGCAUGGUUGUAAUCUCACAGAGAAGGGCUGUGAAGCUCUGUCCUCAGCUCUCAGCUCAAACUCCUCAAGUCUGAGAGAACUGGACCUCAGUAACAAUAAACUGCAGGAUUCAGGAGUGGAGCUGCUCUCUACUGGACUGAAGAAUCCACACUGUAAACUGGAGAAACUGAGGCUGUUUAACUGCAAUAUUACAGAUGAAGGCUGUGCUGCUCUGGCAUUAGCUCUAAAAUCAAACCCUUCCUCUCACCUGAGAGAGCUGAACCUGAACCACAAUAAACCAGGAGAGUCAGGAGUGAAGCUGCUCUCUGAUCUACUGGAGGAUCCACACUGUAAACUGGAGACACUAAAGCUCUGGAACUGCAGUAUUACAGACAAAGGCUGUGCUGCUCUGGCUUCAGCUCUAAAAUCAAACCCCUCCUCUCACCUGAGAGAGCUGCACCUGGACUCCAAUAAACCAGGAGAGUCAGGAGUGAAGCUGCUCUCUGCAUCUGAACAACAUCCAGCUGAUCUGCUCUCACACACAGAGGGCUAUGAGGAGAGAAUGAAGUCUUAG